AUGCUUUUCACUGACUCUCAAGUGUUAGGGCAAGACUUUGCGAAACUGUUUCAGGAAGUGCUUCCCAUCUGGGGCCCCAUUGUAGCGAAGUUGGUGAAGAGGCUACCACUUUGUGGUUGGCCUUGGGAGAUGGCCUCCGGGGCCCCGGCACUGCUGCUGCUGUCGCUGCUCUGUCUGCCCAGUCUCCUGCCCGGAGCCACCAGCUGCCCGGCUGCCUGUCGCUGCUACAGCACCACGGUGGAGUGUGGGGCCCUGGGGCUGCACGUGGUCCCGCCAGGAAUCCCGCCUGGGACACAGACGCUGUUCCUGCAGGAUAACAGCAUCGCGUGCCUGGAGCUAGGCAUCCUGGCGCCCCUUGCCGCCCUUCACAGCCUCUAUCUGCACAACAACAGCCUUCACACCCUGGAGCCGGGCACCUUUCGUGCACAGUCGCGCCUGCUGGAGCUUGCACUCACAGGCAACCAGCUGCGAGGCCUGCACCUGGGGGCUUUUACAGGCCUGGCUCAGCUGCGCAUACUCUACCUGGCUGGUAACCAGUUGAUGCAGCUGCUGGAUUUCACCUUCCUGCAUUUGCCGCGACUGCAGGAGCUGCACCUGCAGGAAAACAGCAUUAAGCUGCUGGAGGACCAAGCCCUGGCCGGGCUCUCCUCACUGGCACUGCUGGACCUCAGUAGGAACCAGCUGGGCACCAUCAGCCAUGAGACCUUGAAGCCCCUGGCCAGCCUGCAGGUCCUACGCCUCACAGAAAACCCGUGGCGCUGUGACUGCGCGCUGCACUGGCUGGGAGCUUGGCUCAAGGAGGCGGGGCAGAGGUUGCUCAACUCCAGGGACAGGAAGAUCGUGUGCGCAGAGCCUCCCCGCCUGGCCCUCCAGAGUCUCUUGGAUGUCUCUGGCAGUAGCCUCAUCUGCAUCCCACCUUCCGUGCACGUGGAGCCGCUGGAGGUGACAGCCAACCUGGGUGAGAACCUGCGGGUUGCCUGCCAGGCUUCCGGCUACCCGCAGCCCCUGGUAACCUGGAGGAAGGUGGCCCAGCCUCGCGGGGGACAACCGCGGGCCCAGGCCCCGCCAGGAGGCGGGGUGCCAGGCCCAGGCGGGCACGGAGCCUCCGACACGGGCAGCGGCAUGCUCUUCCUCACCAACAUCACCCCGGCCCACGCCGGCAAGUACGAGUGCGAAGCCUCUAACGCCGGCGGCGCCGCUCGGGUGCCCUUCCGGCUCCGGGUCAACGUGUCCCAGCAGCAGCUGCGGCUGCAGCCGCAGCCCCCGCCGGCGGCCGCGGGCCCCGCGCCCCUGCCCGAGGCAAGCAGCAUGGCCUUCCGUGCCCUGGGCCUGGCCACGCAGACGGCGAUCGCGGCGGCCAUCGCGCUCCUGGCGCUGACAGCACUGCUGCUGGCCGCCCUCAUCUGCCGUCGGCGCCGGCGGAGGCGGAAAAAGGCGCCGGGGCCGCCGGGGGAGGGCGCGCUGUUCGCCAACGACUACUCGGACGGGCCCUGCACCUCCGCGCAGCUGGAGGAGCUCCGCGGCGAGCGGGGCCACGAAAUGUUCGUCAUCGACCGCUCCAAGCCGCUCUUCGCCGAGGACCCGGUCCGGGCGAGCCAGGGGGUAGCGCCCGGGCCCGCGCAGGGGUUCCCACCGCAGCCGCCCGCCGCCUACGAGCUCCACUGCUGA